GCGGAGCGAUCGGGAGACGUUCGUUGGUCCUAGCAGUGUCGGGCCUCAUUGAGGCCACGCCCCCUCCCCAGCGGAGGCCUGGUUUGGUUGUGUUGCCGCCUGGAAAGGAGACGCUGCCCUUCCGCAGCGAUGGGAUCCCGGCUCUGUGGAAAGACCUUCUGUUAUGUGCGCCCCUGUCCUGCUGGUGUGUGGAUGGUGCCCAGGACCUAGCCAGAGACAGCUGAAGACAAUCUCCUUGGAAGCUCUUACCCUAAGAGUUCCCGCUUGGGUGCUGGGCCUGCCAUGGCAUUCCGUCGGACUGAGGGUAUGUCCAUGAUCCAGGCUCUAGCCAUGACUGUGGCUGAGAUACCCGUGUUCCUGUACACAACAUUUGGUCAGUCUGCAUUCUCCCAACUGCGGUUGACACCAGGCCUGAGGAAGGUUCUUUUUGCCACAGCCCUUGGGACUGUGGCCUUGGCCCUGGCUGCCCACCAGCUGAAGAGGCGCCGGCGGAAGAAGAAGCAGGUGGGCCCUGAGAAGGGAGGUGAGCAGCUGGGCACAGUACCCCUGCCCAUCCUCAUGGCCCGCAAGGUUCCUUCAGUGAAGAAAGGCUACUCCAGUCGGAGGGUUCAGAGCCCCAGUAGCAAGAGCAACGACACUCUCAGCGGCAUCUCCUCCAUCGAGCCCAGCAAACACUCAGGCUCCUCCCACAGCCUGGCCUCGAUGGUAGUGGUCAAUUCAUCCAGCCCCACAGCUGCGUGCUCAGGUUCAUGGGAAACCAGAGGAAUGGAGGAGUCUGUGCCCACCACCGAUGGAAGUGCUGAGAGCCUCUAUGUACAAGGCAUGGAGCUGUUUGAGGAAGCCCUGCAGAAAUGGGAGCAGGCCCUGAGUGUGGGGCAGAGAGGGGAUGGAGGCAGCACCCCCACACCAGGUGACAGCUUCCAGAACCCAGACACCUCAUCAGAGGCACCGUCAGAG